GUGCACCUCACUUCCAUUUUCUUUUCCCUUGUCUUCAUUUUCCCUGAUAUCUCUCUGUUUCUCCCGGUUCUCCCGAUGGCCAGUCCGGGCCUGGUGAGUCCAGUGGGUGCGAGUUUGUUUAUAGAAUGUGGUUAUUCAGCCUACUCCCGCAAAGUGUGUGAAUGUAGCCGUGUUAGGACUCAAAUAAAGGACUGACAAAAGUAUUCUGCUGCUGUGUGAUAGUGAUAAUUGUUUGUUAUUUGAAGUGCUGCGCAGCGCAGAGUGCGCAGCUCGAGGCGUUGUCAUGACAACGGCAUCAACACUAACUGUAUCCAACAACAGCUAAGCUAAGAGAUUAUGUGUUGUGCUAGACAGGAAUCAUGAGUUUGCAGGGCUCUCCAGUAAAAGUGUACAUUCGCAUUCGACCCACAGCCAAUUUUGCGCAUGAGCUUAUUGAAUGCCUACCUGACCAGCAGACUUUGAGAGUACGGUGGUCACGGAGAGACUCCAAGAAAGGAAAGAGGAACAAUCAUCUGAGCUCAUGGUUAUUUCAGCUGAAUGGAGUGCUUCACAAUGUGUCACAAGAGGACGUCUAUGAUCAUGUAGCCCGGAGUGUAGUACUGGGAGUCUUUGGGGGCUACAAUGGUACAAUAAUGUGCUUUGGGCAAACUGGAGCAGGGAAAACAUACACUAUGACAGGUGCUGCAGAGACUUACAAACAGAGAGGCAUCAUUCCUCGAGCCCUACAGGAGGUUUUCCAGGAGGUGGAGCAUCAUGUAGAUCAUACAUUCUCUGUUCACCUUUCCUUCCUGGAAAUCUAUAAUGAGACAAUGGUAGACUUGCUCUCCAGCCUAAAGCAGGGAAAAGGUUCACAUAGUGGGAUCUUAACUGUGGUAGAAGAACCAGGAGGUGGAGUCUCAGUUAAAGGAUUGUCUUUACAUCUGGUUCACAAUGAAGAGGAAGCUCUUAACCUGCUUUUUGAGGGGGAGAUGAACAGAAUAAUUGGAGAACAUGCCCUUAAUAAACAUUCCUCCAGGUCUCACUGCAUAUUUACCAUCCACAUUGAGUCUCGCUCUCGCACGCUGUCAGACGCAAAAUACAUCACCUCUAAACUGAACCUGGUGGACCUGGCAGGAUCUGAAAGACUUAGCAAAACUGGGUCAGAGGGUCAAGUCCAAACGGAGGCAAUGUAUAUCAACAAGUCCCUUUCUUUCCUGGAGCAGGUCAUCUUGGCUCUAGCCGACAGUCGUAGGGAACAUGUUCCCUUCAGACAGAGCAAACUUACCCAUGCUCUCAAAGACUCACUUGGAGGAAACUGUAACACAGUGCUUGUGGCAAACAUAUAUGGUGAAGGGGCACAAAUUGAAGAGACGCUUUCAACUCUUCGCUUUGCCACCAGAAUGAAAUGUGUGAAGACAAAGCCAUUAAUCAAUGAACAUGUCGACCCAGUGCUCCAGGUGCAAAGACUAGAGAAAGAAAUCCAGUUUCUUAAGGAGGAGCUGUCUAUGUGUAACAAACUGACUAAUAGGGUUGGAGUUUCUAAUGAGAUCCUGUCAGAGACACAGGUGGAGGAAGUAAGGAGUCAGGUGCAGAAAUACCUGUCGGGAUCACUGGCUGAGAUUCCGAUUGUAAGCAUUGCACAAAUCCAAGAGGUGUUUGCUCAGUUCAAAAAAGUGGUGCUGGAGCAGCAAACGAAAUUGCGAGAGCAGCUCUGUCCGAGAAAUGCUCGCGUAGAGAAAGCCAUGAACACAACACCUUCUACUGUUGCGGAGGUGCAGGGGUCUGUAUGUGCUGUUGGCGAGGUGGACAGUUCUGGAUAUGGCCUUGGUUUAGCUAAAUCUUCACAGAGACAUCAACGAGCUGUGUCACCUAAACCAAGUAAAGCAAGAAAAGACAAACAGAUAAGCAGAAAGGAAGAAGCAGUGAGCGAGUGGCCAGAGGAAAACACAACUGUACAAGCUGCACAGCCUCUAAACAUGAGUGAAUCUGACAUGACCACACAAGAACCCCAACAACAAGAUCCAGAAGAGCAACAACACAGAACUGACUCUCCUCCACCCAAAGAUGAGGCAUUUGAGGAUUUCAAAGCAGAACGGGGAAGUGAGAUUAACCGCAUACUAAAGGAGAACAAAGCUGUGCUGUUGGACCGCAUGUCCCAAUUACGCACCCUCACUGAUGUCAUCAGUGUGACUAAACAGGAUCUUGACAACAUUACAUAUGAGCUACGACAGUUCAGAGAGCGAAGACAAAGCCAGGGUCAGUUUGUGAGUGCGGAGGGGGAGCCUGUGCUGGAGGAGGCUGAACUGUCUCUAGUGCUGCAGCUAAAAGAGCUGAAGAACCGUUAUAGACAAGCCUAUGAGGACUUCAGAUGCACAAAGGCAGAAGUCAGCUACUGUCAGCACCUGGUGAAUCAGUGCCGCACACGACUGCUAACAGAGUUUGAAAGCUGGUACAGUGAGUCUUUCCUGUUGCCGGAUGAAGUGCUGUCAGUCUUCGAGACAGGACCAAUUAGGCCAGGUCACAUAACUGUGGACAAAGCAUUAACUCUGAUGGAGGAUGAUGAAGAGCACUGCGAUAAUCCCCGUCAGAAGCUGCAUGCAGACGGUUCCAGUGCGGUGUCAUUUUAUAAUGCCUACAACAGGACUCUACAGAGGAGGGGAAGCAGACAGGUGUCUCAGAGUCCAGACUCAGUGAGGGGAAGCAGGAGUAAGAUAAAACCUCCUAUUCUCUCAGUCAUCUGAUGAAGGCGUCUGUGUGCUCAGUCUCACUCUCCAGAGUACUUUACACUUUCUGAAGCAUUUCCAUGGAUGUUUGCCAUUGGUAGAACAUAUGAAAACACCUGCUAUCUGAAAGCUGCUUGUGCUGUAUAAUGUGCUAAUCUGUCCCUCAAGUCGCAAUCAAUAUUGUUCAAACACAAUCUGUCUAUAAAUCGUUUGGAUAAUUUUUCAGGUUGAAUGUGUACUGCAUAAUUGACUACAUUUAUGUACUUGUUAGACUUGUUUUUCAAACAUCAAAUCUACACUUGGCAGUAUAUUUUCCACUUUAAGAAAACAGCAGUUUGUGCUAAUCAGAGGCAAAAACAACCUCAGUACAUCAGGUUGUUAAAUGAAAAGUAAACUUUAUUAUUCCUGAACCACAAAA